AUUAACUUCAGCUGUGAACAGCGGGAGGUGCGCCAGAGGCAUUUUGAUCUCUUUCGGCAACCGUCGCCGGGUCCUCGCCCCGCCCUCUAUUUAUGCGCCUGCGCACUGCGGGAACGCCAGCCAUUUCUGCAUCAGUCUGGAAGGACGUUGUUGAGCUGUCAAAGGUAAUAACUACCAUGACUUCCGGUGCUUUGACGAAACCUCAGAUGCGAGGCCUUUUGGCCAAGCGUCUGCGAUUUCAUAUUGUUGGAGCGUUCGUUGUAUCCCUGGGAGUUGCAACCUUGUAUAAGGUAUGUAUGUUUGGUUUUUAUUUUGUGCUCAUGGUAUAGAAAUGUGUCUUAAAG